AUGACUCGUACAAGUUCGAAUAUUGGAAAAGAUGGCGAAGGUAUGAACAAGUUUAAAAAAUUAAAAGCUGAUGAUGCUAUUAGUCCUUUCAGUGUCAACCGAAAAAAUGGGGAUGCCGACAUCAAAGGGAAGAAGAAGAUUUUCGCAUCCUCCUCAGAUGAUGUGUCCGAUUCUGAGUUCUCCGACGAUUAUAGUGGUUCUCAUUAUCUUCAAUCCGAAGAUGAUUUUAAAGAUUGGAUGAUCAUUAUCUUCACACAACCUGAAGAUUUACCUCCAUUGGAUAAUAUUUUAUUUAAUAUGCCUGUUGUUGUUCCUCCGAAAGUAACGACACGUAAUUCGCUGAAACUGUCUUUUCAAGUUACUGGUAAUUCUAAAGUUGAAGGUGCACCAGCUAAGCUGCCAAUACCGUACACUGGUAGAAAAAAAAUCAAUUAUGAAUCAUUUCCAUUUGAUGUUCCUUUCUGGGAAGAUUAUAACCCAAUUGUAAGUGACUUCGAAGAUUGGUUACAGAUUGGUUUGUACAUAAAACCAAAAAAAUCAGAGUCUGGUACUCUGUUUUACUAUAAAAAAUCUUCAAGAAUAUUGAGGCAAGAAUUUGAUUUCAAUGUUACGACAAUUGAUCAAAAAGAUUGGUUCUUGAAGCUUGCC